ACUAAAACGGAGAAGAAAAAUAUGCUGAAAUUACUUCAGUUGCCCCAUGCGCACCUAUUGGAUUGGUAAAGUUGCGGAUUUGGCCUUACGUAAGGUGCCCAAGGAGGUGCGCCACCUGCACCACGCAUAGCUGCAAUUCCUAUUAGAUUUGUCUGAUACUUUGAAAGCCUAUUUUCCACAUAGUUUGCAUGACCCAAACGGUUGGCAAGCGGCCCGCCGAAGAUAUGACGCAAGUCAAGUUGAAUGUCAAAUGGGGAAAGGAAACAUACAACGAUGUCGAAGUCGACGUGUCGCAGCCACCUCUGGUUUUCAAAUCACAGCUGUUUGCGUUGACGGGCGUGCCGCCGGACAGACAAAAGGUCAUGAUAAAGGGCGCACUGCUCAAGGAUGAUGAGUGGGGAAAGUCCGCACCAAAGGAGGGCAUGACAAUUAUGCUUAUGGGCUCCGCGGAAGCAGUGCCAGUGGAGGCCCCGAAGAACAUCCCGAAAUUUGUGGAAGAUCUGCCGGAGGCCGAGCAGGAACAUCUGGAGACCAAGCGCUUUGGUGCCGGCCUGCACAACCUCGGCAAUACAUGUUACAUGAAUUCCACACUGCAAUGCAUGUUCGCGGUGCAGCCGCUCCGUGAAGCCCUCUACAAGAAGGCCUCAGGCGCUGGGGGUGACCCGACUGGCCGUCUUGUGACGGCCAUCGCGGAGCUUUUCAAGGACUUGGAGAGCGGCGGCGCCCCCUUCCCGCCUUACGCAUUCCUCGUGGCGCUGCGCGCAAAGUUUCCGCAGUUUGCCCAGCAAACGCAGGGCGUGUUUGCGCAGCAGGACGCGGAGGAAUGCUGGACCAACGUCAUGUACGCUAUGCGCGAGAAAGUAAAGGACGAGGACGGGAACCCCGUGGUGGACAAGCUGUUCGGCAUGCGGACCCGUCUGCGCCUCAAGAGCGACGAGUCUGCCGAGGAAUUCACGGAGGACGGCAUGACGUACACGCUCAAGGUGAAUAUUGAGGAGAAGACGGCGCACGUGAGCGAGGGCGUGGCGCUGGGGCUCAAGGAAGAGCGCGAGCGCAGCAGCGUGGCGAUGGGCCGUACUGUGGUUUUCCGCGGCGGAACGUCACUCACAGCCCUGCCGCCAUUCCUUACGCUGCAGAUGAUGCGCUUCUUCUUCAGGCGCGAUAAUGGCCAGAAAGCCAAGAUCUUGAAGAAGAUUCCAUUCUCGCUGGAGUUUGACGCGUUUGAAUUUUGCAGCGACGAGCUCAAAAAGGAGCUGGAGGCUCCUCGUGUCGCAUACAAGGAGGCUCAGGACCGCGAGAUUGAGGCCAAGAAGCUGGCCAAAAAGGGCCCGGGUCCCUCGGCUGUCGCCACCGCCUCUGCUGCUUCUGGAACGCUCACCGCUGCCAACGCCGUUGCGGAUGUGGACAUGAAGGAAGCUGCGGUGGCGAGCACGAGCGCACCCACUACGUCUUCUUCCACAAAACUAUCUAUGACGGGUAAAUAUGAGCUGGUGGGCGUGGUGACACACAAGGGUCGAACGGCCGACUCGGGACACUAUGUUGCAUGGGUGAAGCAGUCGUCGGACGGUACGUGGGUAUGUUUCGACGACGAUAAGAUCACGGUGCGCACGGAGGAAGAGGUGCUGCAACUCAGUGGCGGUGGUGACUGGCACAUGGCUUAUUUACUGCUCUACCGCGCCAUCAUGGUCGACAUGUCGGGUGCUGUGCCCGCCGCGGUUUCGGAGGCAGCGCAGCCGGCAGCGGCUAUGGAGACGGAGGGCGGUUCAAGCGCAUAAUGCAUUUGCUAGUGCUCAUGAGGAAUAAUGAACGGUCGGACAGGGACUCGUCUGACGAUACCGAGCUGUUGAAAAACCCAGUUGGGCUAGGUGCCGGAGCCACAGGGUAUCAUGCACGACGCCUGUCACGGCGCACUAGGCAGACGUUUUGGUGAUGUGGCAAGAGGGUUAGGUAAUAUUCUUGUGCAGCAACGACGCCAUAACCGUUCUUGCACGUAGAAAGUUAUCAAGGUACAUUCGACGUUUGGUGGAGGAGAAAAGCGGCGGGUUAGCACUAUAUAGCAGUGAAAGUUUUGUUGGCAGGAACAUCCAGGCAUGUGUGUACAUAUUGUACAGUCAAAGAUAGCCUCUCAGGAGGGCGGUUUUCAAAAGUAGCCCGUUCAGUCAGCGACCGCAGUAGUCACACGCCCUCCAGCCAGCUUUAGAUGCGUCUGUGUUGAGACUUUACCCGGAAUGUCCGAUUCGCUAUCUCAUAGUUCGGCUUCAUUGUUCACGUUUUUAGCUCAUUUCUUUUCACUAUGUAGACAGAUGGCUG